UUACAUUGUGUUUCUUGCGAACGAGGGAAGAAAGAAAGAAAACAAAACAAGGGAAGUAAAAAAAACAAAAACAGAAACCGAACAGAAGACACAAAGUGGAGCGAAACACAUGGGAGGGAGGGACAAACAAACCCACAAUGUCCACAGAAACCACCACCCCGCCAAUGCACCAAGAUCAACACCUCCUCCAACAAUCCAAUCCUAACCCUAAUUUCUUCACCUUCAAUUCCAAUCCCAAUCCCAAAUCCAAUCCUAUCCCACGGCUCCCCAGAAGGGUUGGCAUUAGUGGCAAUGCCAAUGCUUCGGGACUAGCAGCGGCCGCCACGUCGUCGUCUUCAACCUCGUCCACCACGUCCACAUCCCUGAGCUUGGCGACAAUGUUGGGCAAUUCCGCUUCCCCUUUCAUCCGGGAAGACGCGGACGGGUCCCACCUCCACCAUGAUUACGGCGGGAGCCACAGGAGGGCCCACUCGGAGGUGAGCUUUCGGCUGUCGGAGGACAUGGUGGAUAAGUCCGCGGCGGCGGCGGAUCCGUUUAACGGCGGAUCGUCGACGGCGAGUCUCGAGGAGAUGGGAUCGGAGGAGGACCUGUUCUCCACGUACAUUGACCUCGACAAGCUUGGCGGGUCCAAUAAUUCGUCGGAUCAGAAUAGCGGCGGCAAUGAUGGGCCCGAUGGUGGGCCUAAUGGUGGGCCCAAUGGGAAUGGCGGUGGCGGUGAUGGAGGAGGAGAGAAGAAGCUGUCCAGGCACCGGUAUAGCAGCUCGGUGGAUGGGUCGUCGACGUCGACCGGCGUGUUUGGGGAGGUCAUGGAUGCCAAAAAAGCUAUGCCUCCUGAUAAGCUCGCCGAGCUCUGGACCCUUGAUCCCAAGCGUGCCAAAAGGAUACUGGCGAAUCGGCAGUCUGCUGCUCGCUCAAAAGAACGCAAGGCACGCUAUAUGCAAGAACUUGAGCGCAAAGUUCAGACCCUUCAAACAGAAGCAACCACUCUUUCUGCUCAACUUACGUUAUUCCAGAGGGACACAACAGGUCUGAGUACUGAAAACACAGAACUUAAGCGUCGGUUACAAUCUAUGGAACAACAAGCUCAGUUACGCGAUGCAUUAAACGAAGCACUGAAGAAGGAGGUUGAGAGGCUCAAGAUUGCCACAGGGGAGAUGAUGAGUGCUUCUGAUUCAUUCAACUUGGGAAUGCACCAGAUGCCAUACAACCAUCCCUCAGCUUAUUUUCCGCUUCAACAACAACCAGGACCGGCUAGUCACCAGACCAUGCAUUUGCCACAAUUCAAUCAUUCCCAGUCUAGUAUGCCACCCCAACACCUGCAUCAGUCAAAUUCUCGUACUCAUCUUUCAGAUAUGUUGCAGAACGGUCCUGUUGGUCAGUUACAGGGACUCGACAUUGGUAGCAAAGGAGCACCUCUCGUGAAGUCUGAAGACCCCUCGCUUUCUGCUAGUGAAAGUAGUUCUACUUUUUGACACAAACUGGCUGUCGAGCUGCUCGCCUGCUGACUUGUCCAUUGCACACGCUGUCUGGUAGAUUUGUUCAUAGAUUGAUAUCCGAUCAUUUAGAGAGGCUACUCCAUAUUUAUUGAAUUUGUGUCAAGAAUUUAUUCUUAAUUGUUUAUUCUUAGGGCUGUUCCCCAAAAGUGGGAGGCACCCUUUUCAUCUGUCUGUUCGAGGUCGAUUUUUUGUGCAUGGGGGUGCUAUAAAUUCUGGGAAUGGAAGGUCAUUCCUAUGGGCGUCGAGAUGCUGUCAAUUCAUGGCAGAAUUCUCAUCCUUUGUAUCUUGUUUGUUAUGUAAUACCUUGUAACUCUGUGUACUACUGCCACAUUUUUCUUUUUCCUUUCUGAUGUAUUUAUGCUUUUCUGAAAAUCCUAUUCAUAAAAUUUAUUCAUCUA